AUGCCCAAGAAAUCUUUUAAGAUAUUCGCACUGAAAAUCGUGGCGAUUCCAAUAUUGUGGAAUCUGGGGGGUGGAAUAACUAAAAAUCCGGAAGAACAGAUUCCCCAAAUAGGAAAUCACGACUUGCCAACACCUCCACUGACCAAUCAGAGCGCGCCAAACACUCCAUUAAGAAAUGUCACGGGAUCUGAGAAGGAGAUUACCCCGCCUCCUACACCCUCAAACAACAAUAACGCACCCAAAGCAGCAGAAAUCAGUGCCGAUUUAUCAGAAAGGAAUAUCGUGACAGGUCCAAGAGUGCGAAUAGCUUCAAAAAGAGCUCGAAGCCCAGCAACUGAUAAUUCAGAAUCCAGCAAAAAUGUGAGAAAGAAGCAACGAGCUGCAUUCGCAAGAAUGAAGCUAUUCCAAGAGUCCUCACUAGCCAAGUCCUUCAUGGCCGCUAUGGAAAAAACCAACAACCUUCACGAAUCUGAGCUCCCACCAGAACCCAAGAACUGGACUGGCGUUCUACGGCACAAAUACAAAAAGGAGUUCAUUGAAGCUGCAAAAACCGAAUUUGACACACUGAAGAAGAAAGGAACGUUCAAGUUUGUCCAAAAACCCUAUGAUAAACAAGUGUUACCGCUAACAUGGGUUUUCAAAUACAAAUUUGACAAAUUUGGCAAGAUUUCCAAGUUCAAAGCACGGAUUUGUGUACGCGGUGAUCUGCAAUAUGACAAUAAUUUGGAAACACGAGCGGCAACGUUGGCAGCACGAAUCUUCAGGAUGAUGAUAUCUCUGGCAGCUGUAUUCGACUUAGAGAUAGCACAAUAUGACGCUGUCAACGCAUUUGUGAAUAGCAACCUUGACGAAGAGGUAUAUACCGAGUUUCCGAACGGCUUCAAGAUUCCUGGCAUGGCUAUUCAACUCAAGAAAGCACUGUACGGAUUACGACGCAGUCCACGGCUUUGGCAGAAAGAAUUCACAAAAACCUUGAUGAAAACACUCGGAUUCGAACAGAUACCAGAUAAAGAAUGUCUAUUAGUCAAAAACGGCAUAUUUCUAUUAUUUUUUGUUGACGACAUUUUGAUAUUCUACGACAAAGCCACAAAACAAGCGGAAUUCGAAAAAAUUGAGAAGACCUUGAUGGCAACAUACGAACUCAGAAAAAUGGACAAGUUUGAAUGGUUUCUCAACAUGCGAAUUUUACGAGAUAGAGAACAGCGGAAAAUUUGGAUUUGUCAAGACUCCUACAUCACAAAAAUAGCUGAGAAAUUUGGAUUAACCCACGGCCUAGUCAAAACACCAAUAUCAGUCGAUAUCAAGCCUUUUGAUGGGGAAGCAACGAAUCAAGAUAUUCACCAUUAUCAGGAAAUGGUUGGGUCAGUCAUGUACGCCGCUGUCAUGACACGAAUCGAUAUUGCAAAGGCUGUCAACGAGCUUGCUAAACAUGCCACCAAUCCGUCACCUAUCCACAUACAGCAGAUCAAACGAGUGAUACAAUAUCUAUUCAAUACAAGAUUCCUUGCUAUCGAAUACUCACCACUAAGGAAGUCAGAAUCAGACGUUGUUGUAUGUGCCUCAGAUGCUUCAUUUAGAGAUAACAUCGAUUGUACAAGCUCAGAGGGUUAUCUUGUUCAGCUGUACAACGGACCCGUCGACUGGAAGGCUACAAAACAAAGAUAUGUAACAACCUCUACCACCAAAGCAGAACUAAGAGCAGCAACUGAAGCCGCAAAGCGAUUGUAUAUCUGGAAACGUGUCUUUGAAGCAAUCGGCUUCAAGCUAGAGCAUGAACUAUCUAUUCAAUGUGACAAUACUCAAACCAUACGCCUACUGACGAGUCCAGAACCCAAUUUUCACACAAGUCUACGCCAUAUCAACAUCUAUCACCACUGGCUCCGCCAAGAGAUUCAGAGCAAGCGACUUCAUAUUCAAUGGGUCGACACCAAGAGAAUGGUUGCAGAUGGCCUUACAAAGUUGCUCAAGGGCCAGAUCUUUGUGAAUUGGAGAAAACACCAGGGAUUAGUGGAUAUAGCACAUUUACUGCAGGAAUAAAAGCUUCAAGCUUUCCUUCCUGG